CCCCCGAGUGGGCGGAACCCACAGCUGCUUCCCAGGCGGGGCGCGCGGACUCCGCUGGGUCCUAGUGCAGAGCCCUUAGACAGACUGCCAACCAGGACAGUCGCUCACUCGCAGUUCCAGUGCAGGGUGACCCACCGCCACCAGGCCGGCCAUGAGGGGCACGCCCCUGCUCCUCAUCUUUCUGCUCGCCCUGCUUAGGCAUCGUGGUGGUGACUGCGGUAGGAUUCCCCCAGACAAGGGCCCAGUGGGCCUGACUGUCCGAUUCCCAGGGGACUGCCGCCUGGCCAAUGCCGAGGAGAAACUGAUGGACGACCUCCUGAACAAAACCCGCUACAACAACCUAAUUCGCCCAGCCACCAGUGCCUCUCAGCUCAUCUCGGUCCAGCUGGAACUACUACUGUCCCAGCUCAUCAGUGUGAAUGAGCGAGAACAAAUCAUGACCACCAACAUCUGGCUAAAACAGGAAUGGACUGACUACCGCCUGGCCUGGAACAGCUCCUACUAUGAAGGGGUGAACAUUCUGAGGAUCCCUGCAAAGCGUGUCUGGUUGCCUGACAUCGUGUUGUAUAACAAUGCUGAUGGGACCUACGAGGUGUCUUUCUAUGCCAAUGUCAUCGUGCGUUCCAAUGGCAGCAUCCAGUGGCUGCCCCCUGCCAUCUACAAGAGUGCCUGCAAGAUUGAAGUGAAGCACUUUCCCUUUGACCAACAGAACUGCACCCUCAAAUUUCGCUCCUGGACCUAUGACCACACAGAGAUUGACAUGGUCCUUAAAUCGCCCACAGCCAUCAUGGAUGACUUUACUCCCAGUGGUGAGUGGGACAUCGUGGCCCUCCCAGGACGAAGGACAGUGAACCCACUGGACCCCAGCUAUGUGGACGUGACCUAUGACUUCAUCAUCAAGCGCAAGCCACUCUUCUACACCAUCAACCUCAUCAUCCCCUGUGUGCUCAUCACCUCGCUGGCCAUCCUGGUCUUCUACCUGCCCUCUGAUUGUGGGGAGAAGAUGACACUCUGCAUCUCCGUGCUGCUAGCACUCACAUUCUUUUUGCUGCUUAUCUCCAAGAUUGUGCCUCCCACCUCCCUUGACGUACCACUCAUUGGCAAGUACCUCUUGUUUACCAUGGUGCUGGUCACCUUUUCCAUCGUCACCACUGUAUGUGUCCUCAACGUACACCACCGCUCACCCAGCACUCACACCAUGGCAGCCUGGGUCAAGGAGUGCUUCUUGCACAAGCUGCCCACUUUCCUCUUCAUGAAGCGCCCAGGUCUCAAAGUUAACCCAGCGGGGAUCCCUCAUCCCAGCCAGUUGCACCUGACCACAGCUGAUGCUGCAUCCACCUCUGCCUUAGGCCCCAGCAGCCCAUCUAACGUCUAUGGACAUUCCAUGUACUUUGUGAACCCAGUCCUUGCCACUCCCAAGUCUGCAGUCAGCUCCCACACAGCAGGCAACCCCAGAGGUGGCAGACUGAGGGCCUCUGGGAGGUUCCGGCAGGACCUACAGGAAGCUGUAGAGGGCGUCACCUUCAUCGCCCAGCAUCUGAGAAGUGAUGAUCAAGAUCAGAGUGUCAUCGAGGACUGGAAAUUCGUAGCGAUGGUCGUUGACCGCCUGUUCCUGUGGGUGUUUGUAUUUGUGUGCAUCCUGGGCACCGUGGGGCUCUUCCUACCCCCCCUCUUCCAGACCCAUGCACCUUCCAAGGCCACCUAGGCUACCCAGCAUGCCAAGGGCCCCUGGGUUAUGGGGAGAGGAUAUGAGAAGCCAAGUGGGCGCUUUACUGCUUCCUUUAGGUCACAGCUAAUGAGACCCUAAAUAAAGAUGUGACCACUGGCAGUCAGCCCCAUCAAAAC